GAAGUUGGCACUGGUUCUGUACAUUUGCGCAGCACUCAGUGGCGUUUAUGUGUUAUCCGCAUCUGCGAAAAUCACACCCCACGCGGGGGAUGACGGCACUAUGCUCGUCACCAUUGUAAAAGGUGAUACCCUCUGGGAUCUCUGCCAAAAGCAUCUCAAGGAUCCACUCAAGUGGCGCGAAUUGAGCAAGUAUAACGACUUCACUAAUCCACACCUCAUCUAUCCCGGCGAAGAAUUACGUAUUCCGGUCGCUAUGGCAAAAGAGGUUGUCGUUGAAGCUGAAAAAGAACUUGCCGCGCAGCAGGCAGAUCUUGAAAAGUUAAAGGCAGAAUUAGCCGAAUCCGAAGCAACGCGGGAUAAACUCGAAGCAGAAAUUAACGGACUCAACAAGAGUAUGGACGAACUCAGGGCACAAAUCGAUGCUCUUGGGGCAAGCCUAAAAUCACAAGAAAAGUUAAUGGCUGCUGUGAGUCAAUCUGGUGACGCAGUUUCUUCCAGUAUCAAAGAAGCCCUGGCAGCGAACAAAGCGGCUAUCAUUGACCAGAUUGCCCAUCUUGACAUGCAUCUUGAAGAAGCAGCUAAAAUGCUUGAAGCACAAAAAAUGCAAGCAAAAGCAACCCACGAACUCGUUGAAUCAAUCGAAGAGAACGUGAAGAUGUUUUUGGCGAGCGUUGAAGCCAAUCAAAAGGCAAUCAACGAAGUCAAGAUGAUGCUUGAGGAUGCCCAAGGUGUCCACGAGGAACUCUCCUCAUCCAAGCGCGCUUUGGUGUUUCUGACGACUGUGGCAGCAGGCAUCGGCUUGUUUGCUAUCAACGCUAUCGGUGGACGUAGCGGCGAAUAA